AUGCUUGAAAUUACAAAGUCUUUAAGACAACAGGACUUGUUACUGAUUAACAAGGUGAAAAUAACACUGUUGAGUAUUCAAGCUGUCCUCACUGAUGCUGAAGAGAAACAAUUCUCAAAUGCUACUGUCAAGGAAUGGCUGGAUAUGGUGAGAGGUGCUGUCUGUGAUGUUGAAGAUUUGUUGGACGAAAUCAACACAAGCUUUACGAUGCCAAGUCAAAGACGAGACGAGUAUCAGAGUGAAACUUUCAUUGGUAAGAUGCGAUACUUCCUUGAAUCUCACUUCAAAUAUGCCAAUACCCUGAAUUCUCUCCAUCUUGAUUCUGUCAAGGUCGCUUUAUACAUCGAAGGUCUGUUGAUGGGAAAGAUUACAAUGAUUUCAUCUCCUUAUUGUAAGCAAAUUUAUGAAAAGAUUGCUCACAUUCCCACCAAAUUUAUUGACCUCAAACUCGUAGAGUGA